CACCUUUCGCCAUAUACUGUACAUAUACCUCACUUCUUAUAUCUAGACUUGCUUCUCACAUAAGAAACCUCCCACGCAAUAUCCCACCCGCACUCGCUCAUCCACCUCCACUUACACCCAGAGAGAAACCUGUUGGGUUACCCCGAACCUUGAACUUGAAUGCUCCGCACCCUCUCCAAAAUGGCCCCAGCCGUCGAACGCAUCACUCUAUUCAAGAUCCCCGACGAGACGGCCCGGGACCGCGUGCUCGAGCAAUACAAAGUGCUUGCGAAGACGGCCGUCAAGGACGGAAAGCCAUACAUCGUCGGCGCGGCCGCUGGCCCGUCGUUCCCCGACCCCCGCAACAAGGGCUACAAUCUGAGCGUCAAGACGACGUUUGCCUCGCUGGAGGAUAUGAAGUACUAUGAUACCGAGUGUGAGGCGCACAAGGCGUUGAAGGCGGUGGUGGGACCCGUGCGGGAGGAUGUGUUGACGACGUACUUUGAGAGUGUUCUGUGAGUCUGAAGGAGAUCAAAGGGAGAGAGAUGAAGUGGUCUUGGUGUAUAGACUUUAUGAUCGACAUGAUUUGUGAGGUCUCUCUUCUCAAUAGGGAAGGGAUUUUUAUUUGAAUAUAGUCUACUCAGACACUCGUGUCGUGUGAUUUAAUAUCCAAUUCAUGAAUCAGUUCCAUGCAUGCAUGCUGGA